AUGACGGGUAAAGGAGGAAAGCAGCGCACCUAUGGCAAGCGGAGGUCCAGGACACCGCGAGCCGAUCACACUUUUGAAAAUUGGCUGAAUGGGUUCCAGGUUUUCAUGGGGGUCAUUAGCGCUGCUUAUCGCAAACGUACUAUGCAUUUAAUAGCGUAUAUGGCGCAUGUUAGAAGGGCGCGAGAAUUAGCGGGGAAAUCCGCGGCACUAACAUAUGAUGAAGACUUCCGUAGAAAUGCUUCCUUGCUCCCCUCCACGCGUUGGGAUCUGAGGGACCAAAAUUAUUGGAUGGAGCACGUGGGCCCUUACGUGGAGAAGAAACAUCAGGACUCCUCCAAAUUUGCAAAGGCAGAGUCGAAGUGGAGGCGGCAGUGUUGGGAAUACAAUAGGGGGGGUUGUACUAGGCCGGCAUGUAAGUAUAUCCACGAGUGCGAGAAAUGCCUUGGCAACCAUCCUGCCACUGUGUGCUUUAAAGGAACGCAGCAGCUCUUUCGGGGUGGCAGAGGCUUCUCCCAACAGGGUGGAAGGGGAGGCCACGGGCCCCCCUUCGGUGCGCAGGGAAGUUGUCAAUAA